AGAGAAACUAGAGAGAGAAAGCUCUAUCUGUGUGUCUCUGUGUGUGUGUGUUUCUUGAUCUCUGGUCUAUCAUCAUCAAUCAAUCUUGCUAAGGGACUGGGGAGUUGCAAUGUCUUCUUUAAGCAGAGAGCUGGUGUUCUUGAUCUUGCAGUUUCUUGAUGAAGAAAAAUUCAAAGAGACUGUUCAUAAGCUUGAACAAGAAUCAGGGUUUUUCUUUAACAUGAAGUAUUUUGAAGAUGAAGUGCAUAAUGGGAACUGGGAUGAGGUUGAAAAAUACCUUUCUGGUUUCACUAAAGUGGAUGAUAAUCGGUAUUCGAUGAAGAUCUUUUUCGAAAUCCGAAAACAGAAGUAUCUCGAGGCAUUGGAUAAGAAUGACAGGUCCAAGGCUGUCGAGAUCCUCGUAAAAGAUCUUAAGGUUUUUGCCUCAUUUAAUGAAGAUCUUUUUAAGGAGAUAACUCAGUUAUUGACUUUGGAGAAUUUUAGGGAGAAUGAACAACUGUCCAAAUAUGGAGAUACUAAAUCAGCUCGGGCUAUAAUGUUGGUUGAGUUAAAGAAACUUGUUGAAGCAAAUCCCUUGUUCCGUGACAAAUUGCAAUUUCCUAACCUUAAGAAUUCAAGGUUACGGACUCUCAUAAACCAAAGCUUGAAUUGGCAGCACCAACUUUGUAAAAACCCGAGGCCGAAUCCAGAUAUCAAAACUUUAUUUGUAGACCAUUCAUGUGGACAACCAAACGGUGCACGUGCUCCAUCACCUGGAAACAAUCCAUUGCUUGGAUCAUUACCAAAAGCUGGAGGCUUUCCUCCUUUGGGUGCACAUGGGCCUUUUCAAGCUACACCGGCUCCAGUACCAAGUCCUCUUGCCGGUUGGAUGUCUAAUCCUCCAGCCGUAUCUCAUCCAACGGUUUCUGGUAGUGCCAUUGGUCUUGGUGGUCCCUCAAUUCCAGCUGCUUUGAAGCAUCCAAGAACUCCAAUGAAUUCUUCUUUGGAUUACCCAUCUGCAGAUUCGGAUCAUAUGAGCAAAAGAACCAGGCCUAUAGGGAUAACUGAUGAGGUCAAUCUGCCGGUUAACGUGUUGCCUGUGUCAUUCCCCGGGCACGCGGGCCACAGUCAAGCUUUUAGCGCACCUGAUGACUUGCCCAAGACAGUUGCACGUAAUCUAAACCAGGGUUCCUCUUCUAUGAGCAUGGACUUUCAUCCUAUCCAACAGACAUUACUCUUAGUUGGAACACAUGUGGGAGACAUUGGAUUGUGGGAAGUUGGUUCAAGGGAAAAAUUGGUUCUUAAAAAUUUCAAAGUUUGGAAUCUUGGUGCAUGUUCAAUGCCUCUGCAGGCUGCUCUAGUAAAAGAUCCCGGUGUUUCUGUGAACCGUGUGAUUUGGAGCCCAGAUGGUUCAUUGUUUGGAGUUGCAUAUUCACGGCACAUUGUACAGAUAUAUUCAUAUCAUGGAGGUGAUGAUGUUAGACAGAAUGUAGAGAUCGAUGCUCAUGUUGGUGGAGUAAACGAUCUUGCAUUCUCUCAUCCCAACAAGCAACUCUGCGUGAUAACCUGUGGUGACGACAAGACCAUCAAGGUUUGGGAUGCUACAACAGGUGUAAAAAAGUACACUUUUGAAGGUCAUGAAGCUCCUGUAUAUUCUGUAUGCCCUCACUAUAAAGAAAACAUUCAGUUCAUAUUUUCAACUGCUCUUGACGGCAAGAUAAAAGCAUGGUUGUAUGAUAACUUGGGUUCACGAGUUGAUUAUGAGGCUCCUGGUCGCUGGUGCACAACAAUGGCAUACAGUGCUGAUGGGACGAGGCUUUUUUCAUGUGGGACCAGCAAAGACGGUGAAUCGCACAUUGUAGAAUGGAAUGAAAGUGAAGGGGCUGUGAAAAGAACCUAUAUGGGUUUCCGUAAACGAUCUUUAGGUGUUGUGCAAUUUGAUACAACCAAAAACCGAUUUUUGGCAGCUGGUGAUGAUUUUUCGGUUAAAUACUGGGAUAUGGACAAUGUUCAGCUUUUAACAAGCGUUGAUGCUGAUGGAGGUCUUCCGGCAAGUCCACGUAUCCGGUUUAACAAAGAUGGUGCACUUUUGGCUGUUUCGGCUAACGAUAAUAAUAUCAAAAUCUUGGCGAAUUCAGAUGGUCUUCGAUUACUUCGCACUUUUGAAAAUCUUUCUUUUGAUGGUGCUGCUUCAAGAACUCCUGAAGCCGCAAAGCCCGCCAUAAACGCAAUAUCUGCUGCGGCCGCUAGUACCGCUGCAUUAGCGGAAAGGGUUGCAUCCGUUGGCUCCAUUUCCGGAGUGAACGGGGAUGCCAGAAGCUUGGUGGAUGUGAAACCUAGGAUCACCGACGAAUCCAGUGACAAAUCAAAGAUUUGGAAACUCACUGAGAUAACCGAAGCUUCCCAGUGUCGGUCACUGAAGCUUCCGGAAAACAUGAGAGUAACGAAGAUAUCAAGGUUGAUAUAUACAAAUUCGGGCAAUGCUAUUUUAGCAUUAGCAUCAAAUGCUAUUCAUUUGCUUUGGAAAUGGCAGCGUAACGAGCGUAACUCAAGUGGCAAGGCAACGGCUGGUGUUUCGCCACAAUUAUGGCAACCAUCAAGCGGGAUUUUGAUGACAAAUGACAUGGCCGAGACUAACCCUGAAGAAUCGGUCGCCUGCUUUGCUUUAUCCAAGAAUGAUUCUUAUGUUAUGUCGGCAUCCGGAGGAAAGAUCUCCUUGUUCAAUAUGAUGACAUUCAAGACGAUGACGACAUUCAUGCCUCCGCCACCAGCAGCAACAUUUCUUGCUUUCCAUCCUCAAGACAACAAUAUCAUAGCAAUUGGCAUGGAUGACUCAACGAUCCAGAUUUAUAACGUUCGUGUGGAUGAGGUUAAAAGCAAGCUUAAAGGCCACUCAAAAAGAAUCACGGGGCUCGCUUUUUCUCAUGUGCUAAAGGUCCUAGUCUCAUCAGGUGCCGAUGCUCAGAUCUGUGUAUGGAGUUCCGACGGAUGGGAAAAGCAAAAGGCACGAUACGUGCAACUCCCACCAGGGAGGACGCCAACGCCACAGUCUGACACUCGUGUCCAGUUUCAUCAUGAUCAGAUCCAUUUCCUUGUUGUUCACGAGACUCAACUCGCUAUUUAUGAAACAACAAAACUAGAAUGCGUGAAACAGUGGAUCCAACGUGAAUCUUCAGCCCCGAUAUCGCAUGCAACUUUUUCAUGUGAUAGUCAGCUGAUUUACGCAAGUUUCUUUGAUGCAACCAUCUGCGUGUUCACUGCUUCUCACCUCCGCCUUUGCUGUCGCAUUAAUCCCACCGCGUAUCUCACAAGUAAUCUAAAUGUGCAUCCGUUGGUGAUCGCUGCUCAUCCACAAGAACCGAAUCAGUUUGCAUUAGGGCUUUCAGAUGGUAUUGUUCAUGUGUUGGAGCCACUUGAAUCGGAUGGCCGAUGGGGGGUGCCACCACCGGCUGAAAAUGGUUCGACGAGCACUGUAGCGGCUACAUCCCUGGCUGCAGGGUCAGGGUCAGAACAACCAACCCAGAGAUGACCUUCCAGCAACUUUUAACACUUGUUUACUGUGCAGUUUCAAGUUAGUAGCUAGUUUGUAAUGCAGGAAAAUAUGUAAGUUAGUGGUGAAUUGAGUUGAUCUAACUUGUUAUGUGAGAUGAUAUGCAAGGUAAAUGUCAAUAGUGUCUCCAUGUUAUGAAAACCGGAAAUUCCGUUGUUCUUUAAUAACCGAGUGCGAGGUUGUGGUUGGAUGACGUUGAAUACGAGUUAUUUCUCAUGAGAUUUGUCUCGGGAUGUUGUUACAUGCACUCCUAUUUAUAUUGGAAUCGGGUCAAAUCCAUGGUUCUAAAUAA